CAUAAAUAUGGCAGUGGAUAUGGAUUUAAAAAAUGCUUUCAAAGAACUUCAUGAAAAAUUAUUGUAUGCAUCUCAAAAAAUAAAGUUGGCUGAUAUGCAAAUUGAUACUCUUCGUCGAACAAAGCAACUCAAUAUUCUUACUAAACAAGAACUAGAAACAAUUCCGAAAGAUGUAAAGACAUAUGAAGCUUUAGGCCGAGCAUUUGUUUUAACACCAAGAGAAGAAGUUUUUAAGAACUUGGAUAAAGUCAAUACAGAUACAGAGCAAAAAAUAAAUAUUUUAGAAAAUAGUAAACAAUAUUUGGAAGCAAAUUUGAAGGAAAGUGAAAAUAAUUUGCGUGAAAUGGUGCAACGUAAAAGAGAUGUUGGUGGUGAUAAAGAAAAUAAUCAACCAAGCAGUUCUAAAGCUUGAUAAUAUAAUAUACGUUUAUGUUUUAUAAAUUUUAUAAUUAACAAUACAUUUAUUUAAUUCUACAAUAA